UGCUUAACUUCCUCAUCUUACCUGAUCAUCUUGUAGCUACCAACAACUGAUGACAGAAGUCUGAAUACAAUCAAAAAGGAGAAAAGAUUCACAUGUAGAGAUCCACUAACACAAGAAAAAAUGAGCCUAAAACUACAGAUAAUACCACUUUUUAUUUUUCUCACAUGCCAUACUUCACAGGCUUGUGUUCUGUUUUGUACUGGAAGCCAGAUGAAGUUUGAAGACUCCUGCUAUGAAUUUGUCAGGGAACUGAAUGACUUUGCAAGUGCCAGAAGUUUUUGUGAAAUGAAUGGGGGCCAACUGGCAUAUAUCCAGGAUGAGAAUACACAGACGAUACUUCAGCCUCACCUAAGCACAGCUCAGAAUUGGUGGGUUGGACUGACAAAAGCGAACAAAAAUGCUAAAUCCAAGCCUAGCUCAGGAUACCUAACCUGGAUAAAGCAAGUAAUAUUCAAAUUUAUAUACAAAGAUCCCGGACUCCCCCAGUCCCCACUGUUCUGUGCCUACAUCCCUCAUGGACAAGCAUUACGCUGGACUACUACACCUUUCUGCAACCAGACCAUGUUUUCCAUUUGUGAAUAUGGGAUUUGUCAACAUAAAUAUAAAUCAUCACCAGUUUCUUCCUUUGGCAAAUAUCAGCCUGAUUUGGUCUGUAAAGGCAACAAACUUAUUCCAUUCCUUAUCAAAUACCUUUCUGGUCAUAUUGGCAUUGGCAUUGAAUUCCAAGACCAGCGGCCUACCAAAAUUUUCUACAUUUUCCUUUGA